AUGUGGAACUGUUUGAAUCUUUACCUCGCCAUGAUUCGAAUCACAAGACAUUCAAGCCCACCCCAAUGCGGCGGCAAGAUUCUGGCUAUGCGUCAAUACCUUCGGGUUCUCAGUCUGGCGAUUCCCAAAGCUCUGGCAGACGAAUUUCAACAGCGUCGAGCAGCUCGUCUAGCCCGCGACCCCGUACUCGGCCGUCAAUUCGCCGGGCUACCAAAUCUACACCCAACCCUCGAGCCAGUAUUACGCUCGGCCGUUCGCCGCAUCGCCCAAAGUCGCAACAACAACAAUCAUGCGCCUACUUUCAAUUUCCAAGCAUGGAGGGGCACUUAG